UGGCCUUUCCUUGCAAAUAGCAUGGUCUAUUUCAUGUGAUUGCGUGUAAAUGACAUGCCCCUAUUGCAAAACGUCUUAAAGCUUUUACUUUUGCCUCCUCCCUGUGCACCAUAUGCUCCUACCCAGUGGGUGAGCCCUUCUGGUGCAAAACCAGUGAGUGCUUAAAUAAAUGUAUUCAUUCUUGAACAGCUUUGGAGAAUUCAAGAUGACCUCUUACUUUAGACAGGUGCUUGAUUUUUUUUUUUUUUUUUUUUUUUUAAGAGAAACAGUAACAACUUGCUGCUCUGGAAAGAUGAUAACCUCUCUCUAAGAAGGGUCAAGGAAAUAGUGAAGAACCUUCAGCAGAAAGGGAAAAUUCUAGCGAAAGUAGAAAAUGGGGAUGGCUAUCACCCCAACCCCCACCUUCAGCCUAAAUGAGAGAAAAAAAAGUCCCCACACUCAUGAGGACCUCCCUCAUACCCUCUUCUCAGGACCAGAGCUCUUCUUUGGGGAUAUUCUCGUUCGCCAGUGUGAAUCAGAGUUAGGACUUACACUUACUUACCCGGUCUUGGCGUUUCUGCUGAGACGUGGAAGCAAGACGUGUACGGCCCGUCCGUGCAACGAUUAUCUAGCCCUCGGAGCUGAAGAGGGCACUGGAAGGUCCCCAGACGCAAGCCCAGUUCUGUCCGUUCCGAUGGUGCAGGACCGCCAGCGGCGCGCGGAAGCGCGGCGGGGCGCGGCGUCCGCCGGGCAGUCGAGCAGCUGCGAGCUGGCGCUGCUCCGCUCUACCGCCGACCUCCGGGGCCAAGCGUGCUGGGGCACCGCGCUGCGCGGCACAGAGCAGUCGGCUGCGUUGGAGCAGAGUGGGGACCUGGACCCUCGCAGAACCACAGAGGAGCGUCGCACAACUGCGCCAAGGACAAACCCAGGGCACUCACACCAGGGGCUGGAGCCGUCGCCGCGCUCCCACGGGAAGAUUCAACGUGAUUAAACAGGAUUGUAAGCACUAUAUGCAGCAUUUUGCUGAGAUUUUUAUCUUUCAGUGAUCAUCCAAAGUAUACUGAGACUGACUGAAAGGAAUAGUGUGGGAAGGAGGAUGAGAACCUCACACGUGGAUGACUGUUUUCUGGGAAUUGGGAGAGAUCCCCUGCUCCAUCAGAAUCACUACAAUUUGGAAAUAUUAGAUAACUACCCCAAAUCACAGAGUUGAGGCUGGAGAAUCCAAAUUCAAGCAAGGUAUCAGCAGAGUCAGUGCCUGCUGAGAUCAUUCUUCCUGGUUUGCAGAUGAACAUUAUAUCCUCACACGGCAGAGAGAGCACAGAAAGUAAGCUCUCUUGUGUCUCUCAUAAGAGCACUAAUCCCAUCCAGUGGUUCUACCCUUCUGAACUAAUUAACUCUUAAAGAAUUAACUCUCAACCUCACUUUGGGCUUUAGGGUUUCAACAAAUGAAUUUUGGGAGUACCCACUAAGUCUACAGCAGGCUAUAUGUCAAAAGAGAUUUUGCAGAUAUAGUUAAGGUUACUAACCAGUUGACUUUGAAGUUUAAAGGGAGGUUGUAUAGGUCCACUCAAGCUAAUCACAUUAGCACUUUAAAAACAGAGCAUUUUUUCCAACUGACGGAAUAAGGGAAUUUCACAGAGAUCUGAAACAAAAGAAGAGUGAUAUGCCAUUUCUGGGUGGAAGAUGGAAGGAGCCACCUGACAAAGAAUGUUGAUUAUCUCUAGAACUUGACAGCAGUUUCUGGCUCACAGCCAACAAGGAACAGAGACCUCGGUGCUACAACAGAAAGGAACUAAAUUUUGCCAACAAUCUGAAUGAGUUUGGAUGGAAUUCUCCAGCUUCAAGUAGGAGCCCAGCCGACCUUCAACGUGACUCUAAUCUUAUGAGAGACCCUAAGCAGAGAACCCAAAGACCUUGGAACAGCUGACCAGAGAGAAUGUUGCCUUGGAAGAGCAGACACAGCCCACAAAGUGCCCUCCCUCUGAGUGGAGGUAAAAGGACUAAACCAGUUGCUUUUAGGGGGUUUGGGUGAGUCCAUUUUAUUUCCUUCUGUUGACAACGCUAUCGUGAAUAUCCUUGAUCAUCAAUACAUUCUUAGAUACGGAAACAAAGAGUAUUUGCUUGUUAAAUUUUGGUAGGUAUUACCAAAUUACUCAGUUUGAGCAAAGCAUUAAAAUGUCACGUAAUGUGAUUUCGCCUUCAUUAAGUCACCAAAAUGUGGUGCUAGUGUCCUGCGGGUCACAAGGCGGGAUUGGAAAUUAUGCGUCUCUACUCUCAAUUCAGUACUUCAUAUCCCUAAUGGAAACAUGCUUCCAGAACAGGAAAGUGGCAGUACUCCUUGGCACUCCCAGCCAGAGGGACAUCAUAAGGCUUCUCAGACAUCACUUCCCAGACCUAUCGACUUUCAGGCACCUCAUCUACCCAACACCCAACAAUCUUUUGCAUAAAAGCAGCAUUUUGCUUAUAGACCCAAACAGCAGGAUUCUAAAUCUGGCAAAUGUAAUCAAAAGGGGAAUGAAGGUCCUAAGAACAACAGUGGCUCACGAGUAAAAACACACUAUUUAUUCCUCUGCAGCAACAAUUGUAGAAAUUCUGUUUUGUGAAAGUUUGCUGAGUCUUUGGUUUCUUUUCAAGAUACAACACAUUUUUUAAAUAAAAAUUUGAAAAGAAAACUGUUGCAAACGUGUGAGGCAUGAGGCAAGCUAGAUUUGACUUUGGAAAUAAUGGUUCUCAUAACAUUGCAACAAAGGUGGUGUUUGGGGAUAAGAUAAAUAUGGAAACUAUGGUAGAUUAUUUUGUAUAAAUGAUAUGCCUGUAAAGUUCAUACCUUUCCUAGGACUAGCCUGUUUAUUGAAAAAUUAAUUAUGAGACAUAAAAAUCAAUCAUUCUAACUUUUCUUUAUACUAGAAAUGCUAUGCACAAGUGAGCUAGAAACAAAACAGUAUUUGGAAAGCAGAGGCAGUCAUAAUAUGAAAAAAAUGAGUUUAAUGUUUAAGCGGGACUUCAAUAAGAAAAAGGUUCAUUCUGGAAUUGCCACUUACACUGGGGUAAUCUGGAAUUAAAGUUGGUCUAAUUGAUUCCUAGGGUUAGGCAACCCUACAACACUCUAUUAUUCCUGCAUUUCAUUUUCCACUAAGUAGAUCUAGCCAGAUAAUCUUCCAUUGCUAUUUAUUUAUUUGCUUAUAUAUUUAUAUGCUCACGAAAUAUAUAUUGCUUCGGCUCCAACUAAGUACAAGGAGGGUACUAAGUUCUAGGGAUGAAAUGGGAAGCUUGAAUAGGCAUAGCCCUUUGCAUUAUGGGACUUACCAUCUACUAGAACAGAGACAUGUUUUAAAAGU